CACAGUUCAUACUACCAACUGUAUUUUAGUACUCAACCCCCAAACCCCAUGGAUCCCAAGUUCAAUGGUGACUGGACUGCCAACGAGAUCGAGACGGUGAGAUCUAUCAUCGCUAGUCACGAUGCCAAAAUCCGAUGGAGCAACAACAGGGAUGCUAUGCACUAUGGCAUUGUGGAAGAGCUCCAUGCAAGGUUCCCAAGGAAGGAUAAGCGUCAGGUAAUUGACUUAUAUGUUGAUCUUGUGGUGGAGAUGGUAAAUGCAAUACCGAUGAGCAGCAACCAGCUGCCUAUGACGGUGAGCAACGGCCAUGUGGUCGACAAUUUUGAAGUGACGGUGGAGAACCUAGGCGUGCACAACAUGGAUGAGAUGAAGGCCCAGAGGAUGGUGGAGGAACAACACCACAGGAAAGUUGUUGUUCCUCAACAGGACAAGCAACGCGCAAGGAGGUUUUGGACUCUGGAUGAGCACAGGAAUUUCCUGUUUGGCCUUUGCGCGUAUGGACGAGGUAAUUGGAAGAACAUCUCUAAGGACUUCGUCACCACUAAAACGCCAGUGCAGGUCUCUAGCCAUGCACAGAAGUUCUUUCGUAGGCAGGAGAGCACCACAAAGAAGCAGCGCUACAGCAUCAAUGACGUCAGCCUCUAUGACACUAAGCCAUGUAGCAAUGCUUACAACCCAUACUGCUAUGGCUCUGGUGGCCAGCUCACUUCCAUGGACAACCUCACACAGGUUUAUUCUCCCUUCCAAGGCCCUGCCAGUCAGGCGGGCAGCAGCCAUACAAUCACCUGGGCUGCGGGUCAGCAGACGCCGCUUCAUUCUUCUGCAACUCCAGUGAUGGAGGAGGAUGGGACCCAAAUGGAAUGGACCAAUUAUUAUUAGCUUGGAGAUUUUGUUACUAAGUGGUGGAUGGACAUGAACAACAUGUAGUAGUUAUUACAUAUGGUUUAGUAUGUCCUAUGAUGCAUGGACACACCUAUCUUGUUGAAGACAAUAUGUAUGGUAGUUUUAAG